AUGAAGAUACUGUUUUUCACUGGACUGCUCUCUCUUACCUCCAGUCUUUUCACAACAGCUUCAGAAUUUUCACUGAAUGGCUCUGCAAUUAAAACCGUGUCUCUUAUCAAGACUUUCCGUGGAAUUUCAGCAAGAGACUAUGAUUACAUCCCCCCAUAUGCUAUAGAAGGGGAGACAACGACCAUCCACAUCAGAGAGCACAAAUGCUCUCCAAAAAAGUCAAAUGACUCCACUUUAACAGAAGUGAACAACACCACACUGGAGUACCUGACCAGUUCUCUGAGCACCAAGCUAAUACCCGCUGUCUACCUCAGUGCUGUUUUAUUGGGUGUACCAUCUAAUGCCAUCAUUUUGUGGAUGCUGCUCUUCAGGAUACGGUCCGUGUGCACUGCCAUUCUCUACACAAACUUGGCCGUUUCAGAUCUGCUCUUCUGCAUCAUGCUGCCCUUCAAAAUAGCAUACCACAUCAACGGGAACAACUGGAUUUUUGGGGAAAUGAUGUGUCGAACUACCACUGCAGUGUUUUACGGCAACAUGUACUGCUCCAUUCUGCUGCUCACGUGCAUCAGCGUCAGCCGCUAUGUGGCCAUUGUUCACCCCUUCACCUACAAGAGCCUGCCGAAACGUGCCUAUGCCAUCACGGUCUGUGCUACUGUGUGGACCAUCGUCUUCUUGUACAUGCUUCCACUUUGCAUAAUGCAGCAAAGCUAUUAUGUGAAACAACUGGACAUUUAUACCUGCCAUGAUGUGCACAAUGCCUGUGAAAUGAUAUCUUCCUUCCAGUUCUACUACUAUGUUUCUUUAGCUAUCUUUGGGUUUUUAAUACCUCUUGCAACUAUAGUUUUCUGCUAUGUCUCAAUUAUACGAACACUCAAGACUCAUGAAUGGUUCUGGUACGUAAAAGUUAGUCUUUUGAUCCUUACUAUCUUUGCUAUUUGCUUUGUGCCAAGCAAUAUUAUCCUUAUUAUCCAUCACGUCAAUUAUUACUAUUACAACACAGAUGGGUAUCCAUAA